AUGCAGUGUGAUAUUGAUACUGAUGGUUCAAUGGAAUCAAAUUGUUCUUCAUCUGUUGAUGAUGUAAAUGAGGUCAACAUGUUUGAUAAUUCAAUGGAAUCAAGCUGUUCUUCCAACAGUAACUGGACUACUUCUUCAUGUUAUAAUGAUGGUGAUGCUAAUGAUGUGCUUAAUUUGUCAAAUACAUCAAGUUCUGAUAAUUCAUUUGAGGAAAGCGAUCAGGUAUUAGACAUGUCAGUCAACACCAGUUACAGUCGACAUAUUGGAGUUCAAGUAAACACUGGUUUGAUCUCUCCUCUUUUUUGUCUUAAUACUGAUGCUGAGCUAAGUACUGCAACAGGUAUUGAGUCAUUUCCUAUUCUCGAUUUUAUUGUUGAAGUUGUUAAAUGUGUUAUAGGAAGUUCUAAUUGGCAUAAAAAAAAGAGGAUGAGCACCAGGGAGCAAAUAAUCAUGACGUACAUGAAAUUGAAGCACAAUGCAUCAUAUGCUUUAUUGUCUUUAAUAUUUAAAGCUUAUUCAGAAAGACAUUGCCAACGAGUAUUUAAGAAAAUGAUUUGUAUAUUGAGCAAAUGUUUACCAAAGCUCGCUAUUCGUUGGCCUUCAAGGGAACAAAACUCAAGAAAUAUGCCUAAAUGUUUUGAAAAUUUCGAGGAUGUUAUUGUGAUAGUCGAUUGUACUGAGAUUCAUAUACAAGUUCUACCUAAUCUUUGUUGUCAGUUACUUACAUAUUCACAUUACAAAGGUUACAAUACAUUCAAGUUUAUGACAGGAGUAAGUCCAUCUGGUACAAUUACAUUUAUUAGCAAAGCAUAUGGUGGAAGUAGUAAUGGUCGACGAGGGAUUUCUUAUUGA